AUGAAAAGAGCAUGGCUUCUUCUUCUUCUUCUUCUUCUUCUUCGUCGUCGUCGUCGUCGUCGUCGUCUUCUUUCUUUCUUUUUCUUUCUUUCUUUCUUUCUUUUCUACUUCCUUAUCUUCUUCCUUUUCUACUUCUUCUUCCUUUUCUUCUUCUUCUUCCUUUUCUUCUUCUUCUUCUUCCUUUUCUUCUUCUUCUUCUUUCUUUCUUUCUUUUUUCUUUCUUUAUUCUUUCCUACUUCUUUCUUUCCUUCUUCUUCAUCUUCUUCCUUUUCUACUUCUUCUUCUUCCUUUUCUUCUACUUCUUUCUUUCUUUCCUUCCUUCCUCCUUCUUUCUUUCCUCCUCCUUCUUCUUUUCCCUCUUCUUCUUCCUUUUCUUCUUCCUUCUUCUUUUUCCUUCUCCCUUUUCUUCUUUUUCUUCUACUUCUUUCUUUCCUUCCUUCUUCAUCUUUCUUUCCUUCUUCUUCUUCCUUUUCUUCUUCUUCUUCUUCUUCCUUUUCUUUUCCUUUUCUUCUUCUUCCUUCUUUUUCUUAUUCAUCUUCUUUCUUCUUCCUUCUUCAUUUUCUUCUUCGUCAUCUUCCUUUUCUUCUUCUUCUUCUACUUCUUCUUCCGUCUUCCUUUUCUUCUUCUUCUUUCUUCAUUUUAUUCUUCGUCGACUUUCUUUUUUUCUUCUUCUUCUUCCUUUUCUUCUUCUUCUUCUUCUUCUAA